UGAACACGAAAAUAUUAAUUAUUAGCUAAAUUGAUUUUCUAUAUUAAAUGAUAUCGCAUCGAACCACUAAAGAGAAGAUAACUAUUUUCCCCUCUAGAUUAAAAUAGUCUACAGUUGCAUACCUUUUCGUAGGAUGAUACUUAUAUUUGAGAAAAGAAGGCAAAAUGAAGCCGAUUGGUUAUUGCAUGUGUUCAAUUAUCCAUACAACUUUUCAGUCCCUCUGUAAACACUAGAUAUUUGAAUUUGUCGGUGACAAUAGAAAUGUUUAAACAGAACAUUAAGUAAAUUGUCAGUGAUAAUCAUGAUAAUUUGAAUAGUGAGUUUGGAAUUGUUUAACUCUGAAUGAAUCUGACCUCAAUUUAAUUAUUGAGGUGCUAUCAAUGGAAAAGUUGUUUUAGAAUGGAACUUAUCAAAAUUAGUAUAGUUUCCAGCUUACUGGUAUACAAAUUUGUUUCUUAGUAGUAAAAAGCAAAUAAAUAUAGGAUGGAAAAAAAACGAAGCCAUGAAACUGCUAAAACAAACUCAAGGUCUUGCCAACAUAAUCAUGGAAAGAUACAGACUGAUAAUGAAGAAGUGACUUCUCCACCAAGUCCUAUUAAUGAAGAAGAUGAGGGUUAUGCCUCUCCUGACAUACUGAAGGUUGAGGAUCGCCCAACAACAGCUUCAAGUGGCAGAAAAUCAGCAUUGAACAGCAGUUUUUCACGCCCUCCAAGCAGACGGCUUGACAACAGACCUUCCAGUACUCGAUCAACAUUUGAGCAUAUACCUGGUACUCGGCCUGCCAGUAGACGGAAGCCAUCCAGUCAAUGUGGAAAGACGCAUCUUGGGGUGAAUACUAUCAGUCGUCAGAGUAAUCGCUCGCGUCGUUCACAAUUGGGGAGCGCUGGAACGGGUGUGACACAGCGUGGACACGGCUCUGACUCAGACAGUGAUGAGGACAGACAGAAGGUGCACGCAUUUGAUGCAGACUUUAGCAACGUAGACAUUCAUGAUGAGAAGGCUUUUGACACAGACUUGGAAGUUGAAGGGCAGGAUCAGGCUGGGCUGAGAACCACAAGGUUACGUUGGAUGGACAUGAACACUCCAACCCCAUCAACCAACAUUGAUCAGACAACGACAUAUGACCACACGGGAAAGACAUCAUACAUCGACACGUGUAAGCGGCUUGGUGUGGUGCCGGCCUCAUACUUCCUGCGGCACAUGCAAGAUCGCCAGUUGAGUAUGCGGCACCACGGGCUUGGGCCUGCAGGAAUGAGGGCCCUCGCAGAGUCACUAACAUCAAACAGUUCUGUGAUUGAGCUGGACCUGAGUGACAACUGGCUUGGGCCACAGGGCGGCAUCGCAGUCUUCGAAAUGCUCAAGGAAAACUGUUUUAUCACCGAACUUAACCUGUCGGACAAUCGUCUGGGUUCAGAGUGUGCUGCUGAUUUGUCAGCCAUUCUGCAACAGAAUGUCACCCUCACACAUGUCACACUAGCCGGGAAUGAUUUUGAUGAUCAUUCAGCUCCGUAUUUAGCAGAGGCCAUAAUGAACACAACAAAAGUACAGUAUUUAGAUCUGAGCCACAACCAGCUAGGUGAGGUUUCAGGACUAAUCCUGGGCCCAGCCAUCGCCGACAACACAUGCAUCAAGGAGCUCGACCUAUCCUGGAACUGCUUCCGUAGGAAAGGGGCUGUUGCCAUAACACAGGGUAUCAAGAACAAUGUGUAUAUGAAGAAGAUGAACCUGUCAUGGAAUGGGUUUGGGCUUGACGGGGCGGUUGGGCUGCAAGAUGCACUCAAGGGAAACUCAGUGCUGCAGGAACUAGACAUAUCAAACAACCGUAUUACCCCUGAAGGAGCUGUGGUGAUUGGAAAGGGCCUCUCAGUCAACGAAACACUCACAACCCUCAAGAUGGGUAAGAAUCCUAUGCAAAGUGCCGGGUGCUACGGGAUAUGUGCUGCCAUUUUACGCAAUCCAAACUGUGUUCUGAAAGUCUUAGACUUCAGUGACAUCCUGGUGAACAAGGACUUUGAGGAGGUGUACGGGCAGGUCCGGGAGCAGAUACCGGACAUCCGCAUGACCCAUGGUGGCAUGGAGCCACCACCCAAGCCCAAGGCAAAGGUUCACCCAAUGACUAAGCUGGUCAACUACAUCGAGAAGCACGAGCUACGGCUGGUCGACUUCUUCAACAAGUUUGACAAGGACGGCAGUAUGAGCGUCACACAUGAGGAAUUUUUAGAAGGCAUUGAGACAGCAAGACUGGCUCUAAAAAAGCACGCUCAGCUAAUGUCUUUGGGAAAGGAGACUGGGAUCAAGCUGAGUGAGGAGGAGAUUGAGGUUCUGUUAGACGAGUUGGACCGGGAUGGCGAUGGGGAAAUCAACUACAAUGAGCUGGUGGUGUGUCACGUGGACUUUCAGGAGAAGAGAGAACAGAUAAACACUGUCCUCACCGUGAUGCAGCCCCGCCCCAUGACCUCAUGACCCCCCUCCGUGACAGUUACACACACCCUCCAAUAUCCCACUGCAGUAUUAUACAAUUAUUUCAUUGCUGACAUAUAUAUGUAAUGUAUUAAUAUUUAUAAUAUGUGUUUUAAAUCUUUACAUUACCUUGAAUAUAUAGAACAUGGCUGAAUACACUGUUUUUAGUUAUGCAUAUCUAAAGCAACCUAUGUGAUAUUCUCUGGUUCUGUGAAGGUAUGCACCAAGCACUUUGUCUGUGAUAUAUAAGUGCGACUAUCGAUCAUCAUGUCGUAGCACUCUCUCGAUCUCUCGGCAAUGUUGAGUUAUUCAUUUUGUUUUCACACAAUACUGACAGUAUUUUUGCACGGAACACUUUUUAUGCAAUUGUGGGUUUGUUUAUUUGGUUAAAGGGUAAUCAUAUUUUUAAACAUUGCAAAUAUUUUGUUAAAGACAUGUGUUGUUGUUUUUACAUUUUACCAUUACAACAGAACUGAUCGGCAUGUAAUCUUUUCACAAUUCGAGGGCUAAAUGCAAUAUCAUUGUAUAAAUUGCCAGAGUUUACAUAAUGAGUCGCACAGUUCCAUCAGCCCUUAAACGCAACAAGUGACAAGGUUUUCCUUUCGAUAUUUUAAUUCAGUUUUGAUAGAUUAGACCUUUCCGUGUUUCUGUUGACUGUGUUUAAAGGGUGAAAGACUUUCUGAGAAGUGUACACAGAGAAACAAACAGUUCCUGGUGCUUUUCUGUAAAAUUAAGCCCAGGUGAAAAGGUGUCUUUAACAGAUUAUUCUUACGACAUGCUUGAAUGCAUGGACCAUGAAAUUAAAUCAACAGCCUAGAUGAACAUUGAACAUCCCCGAUUCUUACACAAGUGCUUUUGCAUCAAAAUCUGUCAACAAGCCCUGCUAUUUAAAUCAAGAAUUUUACCAAGGCCUGAAGCAUUUUACUAGUUUGUACUUAUUUCAACCUCUGCAUCAAUCUACAAUACUGUCCUCGAAUAUGGAAGUGAUAAUAUAAGACAUUCUUUAUUCUGUAGUUAGUAUCUUCUUGUUUUAAUGUUUUCAACUAUUAGUUCUAUAAGUAUGUUUGCCAAAAUCACUUAAAUUUCGGAAGUGUACUUGUUUGGACAUUGUUUAUGAUUGUUAAAUGAUUUUCUCUUCAAUUUAUUAAAUCAGAAUGUUGUAUUUUUGUUUUGAUUUUGUCAUGAUGACCUGCAUCACAGAAGUAUGCUUUAAAGUUCCAUGCUUGCAUAUUAACUGAACAUUGCACCAUUCAAAGCAUGCUACUUUAAUAAGAAGUCAGUUUUAAUAAUAAGGUUAUAUAUAUUUUUUUCAUUCUAAAUGUAUGAAAUGUUUAUAUUCUUCCUGUACAAAUGAUUUAUUUUACGCAGAGUGUUUUAGGAAUAAUUUCCCUAGCCUAAACACUGAGUGAGUUUUACUGUAGAACAGUGUCUCAAAUUUUCUUCGGUUAAUAAAAGAUUUCAGUAUUCAA